AUGACGGGCACUGAAAACAAGGACAACAAGGGGGUGAAGAAGGAUGGCGACAAGGUCGAGCAGAUGCUCUUUGAGAUCUACUUUGUUGACACUUCCACCAAAGCCGCCCAACUUGACAAGAUUGCCCCUGUACCAAAGAUAGAGAUGGACAAACAGCUGUCCAAGGUUCGAGCCCACUUGCGCGCCAACAAGGCCCUAUCAUGGAGAGAGGCAUCAUGCACCUUCUGCACUCUUUCCGGAGCAGAGCUGAAAGACAACCUCACUCUUGCUGACUACAAAGACCUUGCCGCAAGCCAGGGAAAGGAGCCCGGAGCUGAGCAGGACAAAUCGAAAGAGAUUGUCACCAACGUCAAGGAAGAUGACAAAAAGCAAAAGACAUCGAUUAAAGUCUACUUUCGUUCGCUCAAGCGCAACUUGGGAUUGGAUGACAAGACCAAGGAGUUCCUUAAGCAGAAGAUGGAGUUUGAGCUCAAGAAAGCAGAGCUCUUGCCUGAAGACGAGCGCAAGAUGCUCAAAGGCUCAUACAGCCAUCGAGAUUUUAUGGCAGAAGUGGGAACCGGAAGUAUCAUUCAUCCGGCUGACAUGACCGAAGAACAAUGGAACUCCGUGGUUGAGACAAACUCCUUGCUUCAUGGAAACACCAUUUUUCGAGAAGCAUAUGAUCUUCCAAUCACAGUGGAAAGAGCCAUGUACCCUGGUAAGAGGCGGUCGAAAGUGAAAAUGGAAGAGUACCGGAUCCCUCGAUUUAUUGUUACAGACGACGCCUAUGUCGAAGUAUCUGAGCACAAGACAUCGGUCAUGACGGCCAUGGCUGAGAGCUCCCUUUCUAAGAACUCUUCCGAAGUUGCCAUAGGGGGUGGUGCUUUUGGAUGGAGUGGAGGUGUAACUGGAGGCCACGAAUACGAGAGCAGCGAGCGUAGCAGGGUGCGAAAGGAAGAAGAGAAAAACCACAUGAUUAUUACCUAUAAUUUUCCGCGUGUCACUCUUAACCUUGACGACGGCAACCUGGAGUUGACACAGGAAUGUAAAAAGGAACUUGCUACUGUCAAGACUCGUGAGGAUGCCGGUAGAUUCAAGAGAAAGUUUGGAUGUUUCUUUUCCACCAAGGUGCAGCUAGGUGGUCGUUUGCACUCGACUCAAGAAUCCACGGCUGUGACCGGAAGCACGACUGGAGAAAAAUCGAAACGGCUCAAGAUCACGGCCGCUGCGUCUUUUGCUGGACCGGCCGCCGAAGUCACUGUCAAGGGCGGGUAUGGAGAAGAUAGCACGCGACAGGAUCAGUCUGCGACUUCCACGUACGACAGUCACAUGGCGUGGGAGGCUAAGGGAGGCGACACACUUCUCUGCAAUAAGUAUGAUCAAGCUCAUUCUACCAACGACUUCAAAUAUGCUGACUCGGUCACUAGUCCUUCUGCUUGGUGCAGUACUGUUUCAUCGUACUAUAACUGGCGUCAAGAUAACGUCAUUUCGAUCGAAGAUAUAAUCUCCCAGGUCGCAAAGGAUCAGGAGCAUGUCUUUGAGAAAUUGAAGAAAUUUGAAGAACGCGCAUCCAGCGAUUCAUUGGACAUCUGUUUUUACCACAAGGCAACAUCAAGAUACCUUGGGUUCAAUACCGCAGCCGACUCCGUCCCCGGAAUCAUGUUCGCAGAUCUCUACGAGAGGGGAGAUAUUGUAGCGAAGGGAAGCGGGAGCAUCAUGGCAAAUGCCACGGCCAUGGGGGGAAUUGCCGAUCUCAUUGAAAUCCCAGUAACUCCUCGAGAAUAUGGGGAGAUGGUUUAUGCGAUGAAGCUGGGGAGAGGUCCCAGAAAGACACUUUCUUUGGGCGGUGCGCAACAAGGUAAUGCGCAGGUGUUCCAGCUCUCUGGCAAAGUAGUUAAAGAUGAGAAGGGCCGUCUCCGGCUCAUGAAGCAGGAAAGUUACGAAGCGUGGAAUGCUGACGUCAACUGUCCGGUCGGAUACGUGCCUGCCACAGAAACGUACAAGAGGACCCAGCUGCAAGAAUGUUACAAGGUUAAGAAAGAAGAGGCGGUAAGCUUCCGAUGCAAGCCAGUUAUCGAUCAGACUGCGCAAGGUCUUGCACAAGAGAUCCAGGUCGUCAUAGAGGCCUACUCGGGGACAGAGUUCUUGGGACACCUUCGGGAGGCAGAAGGGCACAAGGGGGCCGUGGUGGUAGAUCGUGGACCCAAGGAUAAGUUUCACGGCAAAGACGACAUCAAGGCUGGCGAGCCAUUGCAAUUCACUUUGCGAUACCAGCCGUAUUCAGAUAAUGGGGUGUAG